AAGGAAUGGUCACUUCAUAUUUCCAGGGCAGACACACAACAGAGGAGACAUAUAGUGUACUCAGGCCUCUGGCCACCAGCGGUCUGAGAUGAUCCUCUUCACCUUUAUUGCGGGACUGCUGUCCUGUCAGGUACAAGCUUGGUCUCAACCUCGGAUAAGGGUAAACGGAGAAGAUCCAGUUGAAUCCAAUGUGGUCAUUGAUACUGGUUCACGUCUUGUUCUGACUUGCGUGGGUGAUGCCCCGGUGACUAUUGUACCUCGGCUAGCUAAACAUAAAUCAUACAGCAAGGCUAACGGAAACAGCAGCACCUUUACUGUGCAAAAAGCUACCUACAGGUACACAGGCACUUAUAAGUGUGUGUACACUGGCAUAGAUUCCUCCAUCUUCUCAUCUGUGCACAUAUUCGUAAGAGAUUCAAGGUUUCUCUUUGAAACCCCACUGAAUCCUUCCAUUAUCAAGAAGGAAGGAGAGGAUGCCCUUAUUCCCUGCCUUCUUACUGACCCCGCUGCCACUGAUGUCCGGCUCUUUAGGGAGAAUCGGUCUCCACUACCCCCUGACAUGAACACAACCUACGACCCCAAGAAAGGGAUGCUGAUUCAAAACCUUCAGCUUUGGUUCAGUUCAAAGUAUGUCUGCAGUGGCAGGAUAGGAGGAGUGGAGAAAAUGUCCCCAGCCUUCACUUUACAAGUCACCAAUGUAGCUCGUUUUCCAGCCUACGUGUUCCUGCAAAGUAAUGAGUAUAUUCGACUAGCUGGGGAGAGACUAGAGAUUACCUGUUCCUCCAGCAACCCCAACUUCAACUACAACCUCACAUGGAAGCACUCAUCACGUUUGCAAUUACCAAACCCAGAGAUCAAGCCCACAUAUACAAAUAAUAGUGUGAAAAUCCAGAGUACGCUGAUCCUGCCUGCAGUUACCAUGUCUGACUCGGGUAAUAUCACCUGUAUUGGAACUAACGAGGCUGGAGUCAACAGCUCCACCGCAAGCCUGCUGGUUGUGGAUGAACCCUAUAUUAAGCUGUCCCCCCGUCUGAUCCAUAAGGGUUUGUCCAUUAAUGUCCAUGAGGGCCAGGAUGUAGAGCUAGGGGUGGCUAUAGAGGCUUACCCAAAAAUCACAUUCGAGCACUGGGAGGGACCAACGCUUCUCCACAACUCACAACAUGAAAUCAGGUUCUUCAGCUAUAAUAACAGGUAUGAGGCAGUGCUGCUUCUGAAGAGACUGAACUCCAAGGAACAGGGCAGAUACACCUUCUAUGCCAACAGCAGCAAGGCUCAUGCCUCCAUAACAUUUAGCAUUCGUGUUAAUGAGAAGCCAGUUAUUGUGGAUAAAAGAAGGAAUGAGAGCUCCCUAAUAUGCAUAGCGUCUGGUUACCCAGCUCCCAGAAUCCUCUGGUUCCAGUGUCAAGGAACCAGGCCAACGUGUACAGAGAAUUCCACAGACAUGGAGGCUCGCCAGUUGAUCACAGCUGAGGCAGUGGAGGUGAAGAAUGAUGAAUUUGGAUCAGUGGAAGUGGAAAGUCUUAUAACCAUCACACCAUCCCAUCAGAAAAUGACUGUAGAGUGUGUGGCACAAAAUCUGUUUGGGCAAGACAGCAAUGCAUUCCCUAUAGACCAGACUGAGAAACUGUUUACUGCAACAUUGACUGGAGCAAUAAGUGUGAUGGUUUUCCUCCUUCUACUCCUCCUCAUCCUCAUGUACAAGUAUAAACAGAAACCCAAAUAUGAGAUACGGUGGAAGAUUAUUGAAGCCACAGACGGGAACAGCUACACAUUUAUCGAUCCCACUCAACUUCCUUAUAAUGAAAAAUGGGAAUUUCCAAGAGACAAGCUUAAAUUAGGGAAGAUCCUGGGUUCAGGGGCGUUCGGGAAAGUGGUGGAGGCUACAGCGUAUGGGCUGGGGAAGGAGGACAAUGUGACCCGCGUGGCUGUGAAAAUGCUCAAAGCUAGCGCCCAUUCAGAUGAGAAGGAGGCUCUGAUGUCCGAACUGAAGAUUCUGAGUCAUCUCGGACAACACAAGAAUAUUGUCAACCUGCUAGGGGCCUGUACACAUGGAGGUCCUGUGCUGGUCAUCACUGAGUACUGCUGCCAUGGCGAUCUUCUGAACUUCCUGCGUAAUAAAGCACAGACCUUCUUGAACUGUGUGGUUUCAAUCCCAGAGGAGAGAAGCAACUAUAAAAAUGUCACUGUAGACAAGAUGUUUUUUAGAAGUGACAGUGGGAUUUCCAGCAUUUGUUCAGACAGUUACCUGGACAUGAAGCCUCUAGCACCCAGAUCUCAGCCUUCACGCCUUCCUUCCUGCGAUCAAGAAGGAGACCCAUUGGAUGUGGAUGACCUGCUCAGAUUCUCCUACCAGGUUGCUCAGGGACUCGAGUUCCUCGCCGCUAAAAACUGUAUUCACAGAGACGUCGCAGCCAGGAAUGUUCUUCUGACAGAUGGGGGUGUGGCUAAAAUCUGCGACUUCGGACUGGCCCGUGAUAUCAUGAAAGAUUCUAACUAUGUGGUCAAAGGAAACGCUCGUUUGCCAGUGAAGUGGAUGGCUCCAGAGAGUAUCUUCGAGUGUGUGUAUACAGUACAGAGUGAUGUUUGGUCAUAUGGUAUUCUGCUGUGGGAGAUCUUCUCUCUGGGUAAAAGCCCAUAUCCAAACAUCCUGGUGGACUCCAAGUUCUAUAAGAUGAUAAAGUGUGGCUAUCAGAUGUCCCGUCCUGACUUUGCCCUACCUGAGAUGUACACCAUCAUGAAAAUGUGCUGGAACCUUGAACCCACAGAGCGGCCGAAUUUCAGCAAGAUCGUUCAGCUCAUCGAGAGGCUGCUGGGAGAAACACCAGAUCAGACUCCGUAUCAUAACGUGCAGACAGAAGAACUGGACGAAGAGCAGCUGGAGGCCUGUGAUACCACCAAAAGUGAUGAAGAAUCAUGUGAGCAGGAGGAAGAUGAGCAGCCCCUGAUGAAGGCCAACAACUAUCAGUUCUGCUAAGGCCUGAAUGAACUAUGCUCAAGGGAUACUUUAAAUAAAAAGCCCUACACUCACAGGAAAUAAAUCCAUCCCCUAAUUGUAACCUUCAUUCAAAACUGCUGUAUUUCAGUGUGAGGGUCAAAUUCCUCAGUGAUGGUAGCUUCUUUUUCUACAAGGGCAAAAUCAGACACAGAUUUAAAGUAAGGUAUAUAUUUAUAAUUUUCUGAGGUCUGUUUCAUGCCAGGUUUGUAUAAGUCAUACCCUUUGUCUGGCCUGUUUCUUGUGUUAAAUAGCAGUUCCCUCUUUGGACGUAUGGAAAAAAGCCAAUUCAGCAUUUCCAACUUCCAGUUUAGAAGCAAGCUUGCAAAGUUCACUUCCACAUUCUUCUCAGUCUGUUCUUGAAAAGUGGAAAACAGCAGAACAGUGGUACUUUAUGUUCUUGUGCAUAUCUGUCUGUUUUUAAGUAUUUUUACGUCAUUGAUGGCUUUUUCAUUUUUAAAUGCAAGUCAUUAUCAUGCAAAUCCAUGCAAUAUCCAUGAAUUGCUUUUUAUAUAUGGAUGAUUGAAUCAAUAACAUUAUUUAAUGUUUAGGCCUGUAAUUUAUCACGGCAUAUGAUUUUUAACUAGGGAAAACAAAACAAAAAACAAAAAAAAAGAAAAAACAAACAAAAAAACCUUCGACAUCAUUUUGAAAUCCACUUGUUUGCGACAUGUAUCACCGUUUUCUCUUCUUUUAUCAGAUAUUUCUUUUUGGCUGUAUGCCCUGUUCAUUAAACUGUAUAUUGUGUAUAUGUGUAUUUGAUGUAGCACCAAGCAAACACUGCCAUGUGUAAAUAAUGUCAAAGAAUGUCCGCAUGAGUGCUCUGGGUUUAAGUGUAAUAGACCACCACUGACUACUCAUUUUAAUGUCAUAAAGAAAUUAGUGCUAUGGCAUUUGAUAUGAUUGAUACCAAUCACUCCUGGCCACAUGUACUGAUAAAUCUUUAGAGACUACUACCACCAAAGUUCUCAUAGUGAAAAAAUAUCUAACUGUAGAACAGUUCUUGUUAUAUUUCUGUAAAGGUUUUCCUUCAGGCUAUGUUGAAUGUCUUGUUAUAUGAAAUUCCCUGGCAGUGCUCAUGAAACUUUUCUUGUCUGUAUUUUUUUCCUGCAAAUUUGUCAUACGCUAUUCAGAAAAGUCAAGCAAAUAUUGCAAAGCUUUUAGAGUUUUUUUAUUUACUAGAGCUGUUAUCUAGUGCUUUAAUACAGUGUAGCAUGUUUACUUUCUAUUCAUUGAAAUUGUUAUUGACAUGGCUCAUUGCUGUGAUUGUCCUUAUGGCAUCGGUUUAAAAGAAGAUGGAAAUAGAACAAAUGGACCGAACGAAAGUGAAUAUAAUGCUUAACCAGUGUAUUGCAAUCAUUAAUGUUUGUUAAAUUAGUAUUGGCUCUUAAUCAAUCAGUAAAUUAAUUAAUUUUACAAUCUGAGGCAGCAUGUAAAAAAAAAACAAACAAAAAAAAAAACACUGGGUCAUAAUUAAACCUGAAUCAUAAUCUAAAAUGUUAUAAAUAUGUAGAAAUAUGGACGAUCACAGUUACAAUAAAAGUUGUUAAUUCUUA